AUGAGCCUCCUCGCCCAUCUCGCCCUCUCCGCCGCCGUCGACUGGACGACGACGCUCUCCCUCAUUUUUGGUGGCUGCUGCAGUAAUGCGCUCACGCUCGAGCAGCUCACCCGCGCCCACCCGCGCGCCGGCGCCCUCAUCACCUUCGCCCAAUUCGCGUUCACCGCGCUCGUCAUGCUCCCCACCAUGGUCGCCCUCCGCCCGCUGCCCUUCGCACGCAAGAUCAAGCUGCCGUGGCUGCGGCGGCGCCGCGUCCCGCUCGCGCCGUACCUCGUGCAGGUCGCGCUCUUCUCCACCGUCUCGCGCCUCAACAACGCCGCGUUCGCGUACGCGAUCCCCAUGCCCGUCCACAUCAUCUUCCGCUCCGGCGGGCUCGGCGUCAGCAUGCUCAUGGGUUGGGCCAUUGGUGGGAAGAGAUACACCGCCGCCGAGGUGUUCUCCGUGCUCCUAGUGAGCGCCGGCGUCGUGCUCACCACGUUGUCCGCGUCAAGCCCUAAGCCGCGCGCGAACGCCGCCGCUUCCGCUCCCAUUCUCGCUCCCGCAGGGCAGUACGCGACUGGCAUCGCGCUCCUCGCGCUCGCGCUGGUCCUAGGCGGUGCGCUGGGGCUCACCCAGGACUGGAUCAACGCAACGUACGUGCGCCCGCCGCCCGCCGCCGCCGCCGCCGCCGCCACGCGCGAGAAGGAGGACAACUCCGCGCACGCGAACGGGCACGCGAGCGGCGCCGCGACGAACGGAGACGCCCCAGCGCACGCAAAGCCGCGGGCGAAGGAGGACGGGCCCGCGGCGUGGCAGGAGAGCCUGUUCUACCUCCACUUCCUCUCCCUGCCCACCUUCUACUUCGCCCGACACGACCUCGCCACGCAAGCCCGCGCGCUCGCCGCGAGCGCGCCCCUCGCAAUCCCUCUCGCAAUCCCCGCCGCGCUCUCCGCGCACCUCCCCGCUGCGUUCGCCUCCGCCUCCGACUUCACGCUGUACCCGCCGUUCGGGCUGUCGAAGCCCGUGCCGUUGGCAGUGGCGCUUUCCGUGCCGAGCGGAUGGGUCGCGCUCGCCCUCACGACGGUGACGGCGGUCGUCUGCAGCGCCGGCGUGAAUCGGCUGACGGCGCGGGUGUCCAGCCUGACCGUCACGCUCGUGCUCGUCGUCCGCAAGGCGCUCUCCAUGGUGCUCUCCGUCGCAUUCUUCAACGGCGCCGGGGCGGGUGCCGUGCACGCCCCGACGAUGUGGGCAGGCGCUGCGCUAGUUUUCCUCGGCACAAUGGGGUACGCGGCGUCGCGGAGGGCGAAGGCGGCGAAGACGAAGAAGGAUUGA